UGUCUUGCCACUCGCCGGUCGGUGAUGGAGAGCUAAGCUGGUAAUAGGUGAAAAUGUGGGCAGCGCGACCACCAUCCUGUUCCUUCUCCCCCUUCAUGGGCACCACCGCCAAGCCCGUGCUUUCUUCUCCUUCAUCGUGCCCACCAUUCCUCUCUACCUCCUCCUUCAGCUUCCUUGGCCGUUGCGGAAUAGCCUCGUCGACUGGCAGAAAUCUGCCGCCUAACUUCGUCGCUCUUACGAGGCCCACCCUCUCCCACUCUCGUUUCCGCCUCUGUUUUAGUCGUCGGAAGUCCGCCGGAGUCUCCCGCCAGUCGCGACGGAAUCGCAAGGAGAAAAUUGUUCGAGACUCACGUGAUAACGAAGAUCCAGGUGACGGUGCCCUUGAAGCUGAUGAAGAUGCCCUCGAAGCACUUUUUAGCAUGCUAGAAGAAGAUUUGAAGAAUGAUGACUUGGCUUUGGAUAAUGAUGAUGACGAAAUAACUGAAGAAGAUCUGGCAAAGCUUGAGCAAGAAUUGGAAGAUGCACUUAAUGACGUGGAAGAUGACGAAGUGUCUUUGCUUCAGAAUGAAGAAGGUGGAAGUGAUGAGGCUGAUGAGGAAGAGGUUGAACCUGUGAAGCUUAAGCGUUGGCAACUUCGAAGAUUAGCUUCAGCCUUAAAGGUUGGCCGCAGAAAGACCAACAUCAAAAGCUUGGCAGCUGAGCUAGGCCUUGAAAGGGCAGUGGUUCUUGAACUGCUUCGCGAUCCUCCUCCUGAUCUUUUGUUGCUUUCUGCUUCAUUGCCGGAUAAAGUCAUUCAACCACCUAUAGAAGUAGAACCUGAAAGAAAACCUGUAGAGACUUCUUCUACAGAGGCUGAGACCGAAUCUGAUGAUAGUUUAGUUGCAGAAGUUGAAAAGACUGCAGGUAAGGGGAAGGAGCCUAUCCAUAUUUUGAGAAACAGAUGGUCUGGGCAAAAAAGACUGAAGAAAGUGCAAAUUGAAACUAUGGAGAGAGUUUAUGCUCGUAGCAAGCGUCCCACUAAUGCCAUGGUCAGCAGCAUUGUGCAUGUCACCAACCUCCCUUGGAAGUCUGUGUUGAAGUGGUUCGAGGACAGACGUGCCUUGGAUGGAGUCCCUGAUAGACGCGCUCCUUUCCAACGUGAAACCAUCUCAUGAAAGUGUGCAUUUUUUUGUGAGAGUUCCUCAUGGUGACUGUCCUUACACAAGGGAGUCAGUACCCUAAGAGAAUCAAUCAGUUUAAUUUUCCUUUUGUUGGAUAAGGCUUCCUUCUAAUGUAUGAGAAGACUUGGGACACAUUACUUCUACUUCGUAUGUAAAAUAAUGGAAAUUGUGGUAUUCUACGUCAUGCUUAAGCUUGAGAUCGAUGUUCCUUUGUU